AUGGUUUUUGGGAGCAAGCAAAUCCAUUUUCUGUGCAGCCAAAAGAAAGCGUCUUUGCUAGAGGCCAUUAAAGAACCCGCUAAGGAAUCAUUAUUUUUGGAUGUUGUCAUGCAUGUGAAGGCGAAAAACGAAAAUGGGAUCAAUCAGAUGGAUUCGAUUCUCCACGCAAUCCGUUCAGAAUUCAAGUCGAGUGACCAAAAUGUUCCUACAGUUGGAUGCAUAGCCCGAGAAUCUCCAGAAGGGAAACUCCUCAAGACUUGGUUCGAAAAAUUGAAAAAAACAGUCAAGAAGGCGAUCGACGAGGAGAAAAAAGUGACGCAUGCCUCACUUACAAAUGACACGGAGAAGGCCUUACUGGACCCUGCAAAGAUCGGCCUGCAACUGAAAGCUGAAAAUGUGGAUAUAUGUUAUCCACCGAUCUUUCAGAGUGGCGGCAACUUUGACCUACGGACAAGUGCAUCGAGCAAUGAUGAGUAUCUCUACUAUGAUUCUUCCAGCAUCAUCAUCUGCUCGGUCGAGUCCCGCUACAAUAGCUACUACUCGAAUAUCGCCAGGACUUACCUUAUCGACUUGGAUGUUGUGCAGAGCAAGGCGUACAGAGUACUUCUUCAGGCCCAUGAGGUUGCUAUUCUUGCGGUGAGGCCAAGGAAAAAAGCCCGUGUGGUCUAUGAGGCUGCUCUCUCUGUGGUGAAAACUGAUGCCCCCGAUUUUCUCCCUAACUUGACAAAAUCUGCCGGGACAGGCAUCAGUCUUGAGUUUCGUGAGUCUGGGCUGAGUCUUGAUGCAGAAAAUGAGAAAGUGCUGAAAGCAGGGAUGGCCCUUAAUGUUUCGAUUGGUUUUUAG